GAACAAAUUUGCCGACGUGCUCGAGAGGAGGAAAGAUCCCCUCGCCGCUAGUCCGUAACAAGCCGCCAAGAGAUCCAAGAUGAGCAGCACCGGUGCAGGGUACGACUUGUCCGUCGGGACCUUCUCGCCUGAUGGCCGCAUCUUCCAAGUCGAGUACGCCAAGAAGGCCGUCGAAAGCAGCGGCACCGCCAUUGGCAUUCACUGCACGGAUGGUGUCGUCAUGGGCGUCGAGAAGAUCUUGCUCUCGAAGAUGCUUGUGCCUGGCACGCACCGCCGUGUGCAUGCGAUCGACCGCCAUAUUGGCUUGGCCAUGGCCGGCCUCGUCGCGGACGGCCGCCAGCUCGUGAACCGCGCGCGCGAAGAAGCGUCGGGCUACAAGAAGAACUAUGGCAGCCCGAUCCCGCCGCAGGUUCUCGCCGACCGCAUGAGCCAGUACGUGCACUACUUUACGCUGUACGGCUCGGUGCGCCCGUUCGGCACGUCGAUCAUGCUCGCGGGCCGUGACGUCGACACGGGCAAGUGCUACUUGAACGUCAUCGAGCCCUCGGGUGUCUCUUACCGCUUCCGCGGUUGCGCCAUGGGCAAGGGCGAGCAGGCCGCCAAGACAGAGAUCGAAAAGUACAAGAUCUUUGACAUGACGUGUCGCGAGGCCAUCAAGUACAUUGCCAAGAUCCUGAAUGUGCUUCACGACGAAGUCAAGCAUCCGUUCGAACUCGAGCUCAGCUGGCUCUGCGAAGAGUCCAAGUGGCAGCACCAGUUGGUCCCGGACAACAUCCGCGACGAAGCGACCGCGUGGGCCCUUCAGUCGAUCCAGGACGAUGAAAUGGCCGACGACGACGAGUAAGCAUCUACGCGUCGCGCGGCUAUAUGCUCUGUACUUUCAGCCGUAAUCAACUGCAAGUCGAUGCAUAUUGCGUCCUGCAUCC